GUGGCCUGUGAUAAUCGUGGCAAGCGACCAAACUAGCGGCGCGAAUCGUCGAACACCGGCGCCAGAGAGCAGCGAGAUGGGAGUCAGCAGGUGAAUGUGCUGAUGUCGCUUCCGCUCCUAUGACAGUGGUCCUCUAAACUUUAACACGGUGGGGAAUCUUGCGUGAGUAGAUGUCGUUUAGGAAGGCGACUCGGUCCGUCCACGGUCCCGGCAAACGACCAGCCCGGCAGAGGAAGCCGCCCAGACCGAAGCUGGACUGGGUGAGCACCGUCCAUGACCUCACUGUGCACCAGGCCACACCUGAAGAGCUGUCACGACGCCAUGAGCUGCAUCGCUCCAGACACCAGGAGUCAGCGCAGCGGGAGCUCAGGCAGAGGGUGCUGAGGACCAGUGGGGCGAGCUCUGAGCAGGACCGGCUGCAGGAUGUUCUGGCCAAGUCCGAUCACAUGAUGGCGAUGGUGAAAGAUUUAUUUGGGGAUGCUCCUCCCAGGCAGACCGGCUUCCCAAGUGUGACCAUGGCCCUGGACUGCGAGCCUGCCUCUGAGCCGGUGCUGCUGCUGGAUCCGUCAGGAACAGGAGGCCAUGGACUGGAGCCGCUGGCUCGUGACGUGGCUGUGAGCAGGUGUCCUGUCCAAGAUCUGUGUCAUGGCCGACCUCUCAGCCCUGAUGCCCCGGGUGUGUCUCUCAGCUGCCCCCAGAGCCCCUCUGUGCCCCAAUGUGCCCUCAACGCCACCCCUGUGGUCCAGAAGCUGUUGCCACAGGUUCCCCCGGACAAGGAUGACCCCACUGCUUCCCUGGUGUCAUGUGUAUUGAACAUGGGGCCUGUUUCUCCAACGCCAGGGAAGAGGACCAGCAGGGGGCAGUGUGCCAACUUCUCCAGGUUGAGCAGCUCAGACAUGCGCUCCUCAAGUGGAGGCUGCUCCAGUCUGGAGGUGCUGCAGGCCAGGCUGAAGAAGAUGGAACUGCAGCUGGACUCCUUGGGCCCUUCUGCUUCAAGGGCUUCUGAGGACCAGCAAGGGGAUGCCACCCUAAGUGGAUUCUCCACAGCGCUGGUGGCCAUCUUGGGCCGCCUGGUCCAACACCUCUGCAGGAGCCAUGAGGAGGUGCAGAAGGAGGUUACAAUAAGGAGGCGUCUGGAGGAGCAGCUCGGAGAGCAACAGCAGCUGAUUGAUGCUCUUACUGCAGAAUCUCUCCUGCUUCAUCGGGACAACACCACUCUGCAGAAGCAUGUGAAAGAUCUGGACAAGCGCCUGGGUACACUGGUGCUGGCACUGGAAGAACGGGGUAGAAUGGGGCCUGAAGCUGAGCCCAGAACUUGUCUCCAUGGCCGUGAAGACACCUGCACAGAUGCGCACAGAUUGCAGUUGAGCAGUGCUGUGUCUCCUGAGAAGGACCUGCGAGAGGUGUCAUCUCCAUUCCCAGCAGUACUGCUUUCACCCCCCCGCCAGACUGACAGCUGCUCCUCCCACACUGAAGUGGCAAUAGGUGAGCUGCUGCAGUACCAGGCCACAUCCAGUGUGGGGUGUCAGGAGGUAGUGGAAUAUGACGAGUCCAUGGCUUCCAGCUGCUCAUUCAUGAGCUUGCCUUGCCAUGGCUUUGCCCACAGCUCCACCUCCAAGCUGGACCCGGUGCCACUGCAGCUCAGGCAGGCGUCACAGCAGAAUCCGCUGAUGCCAGCCCCGAGUGUGGCUGGUAGGACUGCACAGCGCCCAGCACAGGAGGGACACUCUGUGGAACAGCAGCUCCUGGAGUUGAACAGGCGCAGUGUGGAGGCACGAAGCAGACUGCUCUUGCUCAUUGAGGAGCAGAGGCAGGCCAUCGGGGGUGGGGUUUCUCCCUGCAUCUCUCCCAUCCCCUCUGCGAGGCCCCCUGGGGUAUCCACCUUGCUGCCUGUGCCUGAAGCAGAGCCGUAGGCUCUCCAGGAGGAUGGGGCAGGCUGGGCCACCAGGCAGUGCCGCGCUGUAGAGGAUGACCCUGCUGGCUUGAUGACCACAGGAGCUUGUUCAUAGCACUUACUGUACAGUCAUGAUUAAAUGUUUUACUGGCAAAUU